CGAGGAGUUUUUUUUUACCGGGCAAUCAUCCUGUGAGGAAUGGAUGCAUGUGGGCAUGAAAAAUCGUCUAUCCUCACUUGGAAAUACGAAGAGGUCAAGGGCGUUUCACAACUUCCAGAUGAGAUCAAGAGAAGCAAAAAAGAAUCUGCCCCCAAUCUCCGACCUCCGAGCUCCGAGCUCCGAAGUAGACUCAUCGCUGUAACUGGAAGCUGACUUGCCUCCCUCUCUCCCUAGCCAAUAAAUUAUAGCGAAUAUGAAAGUGCUGGUGACUGGCGCUUCCGGUUACUUAGGUGGGAGACUCUGUCGCGGACUUCUGGAAAAAGGCCACUCUGUCCGCGCCUUGGUCCGUCGCACCAGCGAUCUCUCCGCCCUCCCUUCGUCCUCCACCGAUGGUGAUUUCGAGCUUGCCUACGGUGAUGUAACCGACUACCGGUCUCUUCUGGAUGCCUUCUCUGGUUGCUCCAUCAUCUUCCACGCCGCCGCUCUCGUUGAACCCUGGCUACCCGAUCCUUCUAAAUUCUUCUUGGUUAAUGUAGGGGGAUUGAAGAACGUGUUGCAGGCAGCUAGAGAACAGACAAUCCAGAAGAUUAUCUACACGUCGUCGUUUUUCGCCCUUGGACCGACUGAUGGACACGUUGCUGAUGAGAGCCAAGCGCAUCCCGAGAAAGUUUUCUGUUCGGAGUACGAGAGGUCCAAAGCGAUGGCAGAUAAAAUUGCACUACAAGCUGCUGCCGAUGGGGUGCCAAUAGUGGUGGUUUACCCCGGUGUCAUAUAUGGUCCAGGCAAGCUUAGUACGGGUAAUAUUGUGGCUCAGUUGCUGAUUGAGCGCUUUCAAGGCCGUUUACCUGGAUACAUAGGCAACGGAAAUGAUAGAUUUUCUUUCAGUCAUGUUGAUGAUGUAGUACAAGGACAUAUAGCAGCAAUGGACAAAGGUCAAUUGGGAGAAAGAUUCCUACUAACAGGAGAAAAUGCAUCAUUCAUGCAUGUUUUCAAUAUAGCUGCCAUCAUUACUGAAACAAGCAAGCCGAGAUUUAACAUUCCUUUAUGGGUGAUUAAGGCUUAUGGGUGGUUGCUGGUUUUUUUCUGUCGACUUACAGGAAAGCUUCCUCUUAUUAGUCCACCGACGGUGUAUGUUCUAAGUCGCCAAUGGGCAUAUUCUUGCGAGAAGGCAAAAGCAGAGCUGGAUUAUAAUCCUCGAAGCUUGCAGGAAGGGCUAAAGGAGGUGCUUCCGUGGUUGAAAAGCUUAGGGGUCAUAAAAUAUUGAGUAGAAGGUGUUUUCUUGAAGUUGUAAUCUUGCUGAAUAUUGUCCGACUCUUGCUUCCGAGAUGAGUUCUAUCUCUUGGGAUUGUCUGAGUUCCCUAUUCUAUAUCAGUCUCUGAAGUUCAACUUAACAUGUAAUGAAAUCAGAGGUGUCUCGAGUUUUUUCAAUUAUGUUGUUCCUGUUAUCCUAUACAUCAACAAGGUCCCUCUGAUUGUAUAAUAUUUAUCCUACGUUGUAGUAUCAACCGACGGUGUGAGUUGAAAUA